GCAUCGUAUAAUCAAUGAUAUGGCAAGGACUAAGAUUCCGAGCCACUCGUAGCCUGACCCCAAACUUCUUCCUGCUGGCGAGACACUUAAAACCACGUCCAAAGCCCAGUGAGCGCAGUGUCUCAGCUGAAGGUAUAGCAGAACAUCAAUGGCUAAGCAUGCAGCCGAGGAGACCGAGCGGUACUCUUCGGUUAAAGGGCCUGACCGACAGACCGUACGAUCGACAUCAUAGCCGCUUCAGGGUACCAGAAAGGGAUGUCUCUAUGGCGUUUUCAACUAGCUUGUCGCUGCAACACCGUCGAUCCAAACAAGGCCGUUUAUCAACGCUGUUAGCAAGGUCUCUCCGGCCAGCUCCCCAACGGGAUCUUCAGAUGUUAGUGUUGGCCAAUGCUCGUGCUUGUGCUACACGUAUGACUGCUGUGGCACUAUUGAACCGAAGCACCGGUCAUUGAAGUAUCACCAGCAUGUAUGCUCAAACCUGUCACAUACCUUAACGCCGAAUCGCAGAACAGGUACUUCUUCCC